CCAAAACUACCAUGCUGGUUACUGCAUUACGAGUGUUAAUAAAAUACUAAUUCACAUUGAAACCACUUUUUUUUUGUUCAAAAAGCAUAAUAAAUACAACAUCAUUUGCUUUAAUAGUAAUAACCAGCAGUUAUAAAGAGUACUAAACAGUACCAUUCAAUGUCUCUGGGAUGGUACUCUCAAUUGUACACCUUUUGUACCUUUAGAAUGUAUAUUUUACCUAGAAAGCUCAAUGUACCCUUGAGGGAACCCUUCCUUGUCACUUUUAUCCUCAAGGGUAUAUAUUUUGUACCUUUUAAUGUGUAUGUUUUACCUGCUCAGAUGCAUAAAGUGCACCUCGUGCGUGUAAAAAGCUCAUUGAAUAAUAAACAUCAGAGGCCUUUUCAAUUCUUUAAAGAUACACUACAGUCACGUUACCGUGUUAAAACACAAAGAAUUACACACUACAGGUACAAACGAUGUACUGAUGUGAGUAGUACCCCAGUAUGAAGGAACGGAACAGUUUGGCGCUUUGACUGCGCUGCAGAUGGAGCGCGAGACAGUUCCCGAGUCCGCUAGCAUCUGAUUGGUUGAGUCUCCGCACGGCCGCGCGGCCGCUUUGCCCACCCACCGUUUAUAUAGCAAUCCGCGCACAUUACCGACUUCCUGCACCGAGGAGGUUAUUAGAAUCGCGCGCUCAUGGCAGCUAAUGAUUAUCGCGGUUACCUGCGGAACCACAUGGACAUGGAGCACGGGGGCUCGCGCUUCCAGCCGCCGACCCAAAGCGCCCACAGGCCGCUGAUUUUCGGCACACUGGCCGUGAUGGGACUGCUGCAGGUCGCGUCUAGUGUCACCAUUUUGCUGCACUUGACCGGUUAUCUCCGCGAGGAAGUUCAUUCUGAACCCAUAAUUGCUGAUGCAUUCAGAGACAUCAAGAAAAAGGACAGAUCCAGAAAAAAAGAUCAAACACCUGUAGCUCACCUUUCUGUCAAGACCCCCAUGGACUUCGCAAGCACUGACUCCAAGGUUGUGACCACUAUCCAUUGGAACCAGUUUCAUGGCACUCUGACGAAGGUCAAAUACCACGAUGGACGAUUUGUGAUGGAGGAACAAGGAUUGUAUUAUGUGUAUGCCAAGACCUGUUUUCGCUAUGCCCCUGAUCACGCCUCAAAGAAACAGGAUGUUAGCAACGUCCAGCUGAUUCAGUAUAUUUUCCAUGAGAGUCACACACAAUCUAAACUCAAACCUGUGCUGCUUUCAAAGAGCGGAGGCACGUUCAAUUGGAGUGACCCAAACUACAACAUGUACUGUGUGCAACAAGGAAGAAGUGUCCGGUUGGGUCAAAGUGACGGCCUUUUUGUCAAUGUGUCCAAUUCUUGGCUGUUGGAUCCUGAGCCAGAGGGGACUUACUUUGGUGCUUUUAAAAUGAGCACCUGACUUUUGUUUAUUUUUUUGCUACUGAACUGGUUUAUGCACAUUUUACAACCUUAUGAACAAUUUCAACGUGGCCACAGAUCACUGAGCACUUAUAUUUUAGAUCACUGUCUUCUGACUAUUUUUUUUUUUUCAAUAUUGAUUUACAGUGAGGGAAAGAAGUAUUUGAUCAUUUGCAAAAUCAGUCCAUAAUGAAGUAGCAAUGCCUUCUUAAGCAACUAUGGCAGAUAAUGUUAACAUGCCAAAACUUUUAUAACAAAAUGAACAGUUAGACGUCUGAUGUGCCCUUAACGAUCUACAACAUACAGUGAGGGAAAAAAGUAUUUGGUCCCCUGCUGAUUUUGUACGUUUGCCCACUGACAAAGAAAUGAUCAGUCUAUAAUUUUAAUGGUAGAUUUAUUUGAACAGUGAGAGACAGAAUAACAACAAGAAAAUCCUGAAAAACGCAUGUCAAAAAUUUUAUAAUAUAAUAUAUUGAUUUGCAUUUUAAUGAGGGAAAUAAGUAUUUGACCCCCUCUCAAUCAGAAAGAUUUCUGGCUCCCAGGUAUCUUUUAUACAGGUAACGAGCUAAGAUUAGGAGCACACUCUUAAAGGGAGUGCUCCUAAUAUCAGUUUGUACCUGUAUAAAAGACACCUGUCCACAGAAGCAAUCAAUCAAUCAGAUUCCAAACUCUCCACCUUGGCCAAGACAAAAGAGCUCUCCAAGGAUGUCAGAGACAAGAUUGCAGACCUACACAAGUCUGGAAGGGGCUACAAGACCAUUGCCAAGCAGCUUGGUGAGAGGUGACAACAGUUGGUGCGAUUAUUCACAAAUGGAAGGAACACAAAAGAACUGUCAAUCUCCUUCGGCCUGGGGCUCCAUGCAAGAUCUCACCUCGUGGAGUUGCAUUGAUCAUGAGAACAGUGAGGAAUCAGCCCAGAACUACACGGGAGGAUCCUGUCAAUGAUCUCAAGGCAGCUGGGACCAUAGUCACCAAGAAAACAAUUGGUAACACACUACGCCAUGAAGGACUGAAAUCCUGCCCGCAAGGUCCCCCUGCUCAAGAAAGCACAUAUACAUGCCCGUCUGAAGUUUGCCAAUGAACAUCUGAAAUAUUCAGAGGACAACUGGGUGAAAGUGUUGUGGUCAGAUGAUACCAAAAUGGAGCUCUUUGGCAUCAACUCAACUCGCCAUGUUUGGAGGAGGAGGAAUGCUGUCUAUGACCCAAAGAACACCAUCCCCACCAUCAAACAUGGAGGUGGAAACAUUAUGCUUUGGAGGUGUUUUUCUGCUAAGGGGACAGGACAACUUCACCGCAUCAAAGGGACGAUAGACGGGGCCAUGUUCCGUCAAAUCUUGUGUGAGAACCUCCUUCCCUCAGCCAGGGCAUUGAAAAUGGGUCGUGGAUGGGUAUUCCAGCAUGACAAUGACCCAAAACACACGGCCAAGGCAACAAACGAGUGGCUCAAGAAAAAGCACAUUAAGGUCCUGGAGUGGCCUAGCCAGUCUCCAGACCUUAAUCCCAUACAAAAUCUGUGGAGGGAGCUGAAGGUUCGAGUUGCCAAAUGUCAGCCUCGAAAUCUUAAUGACUUGGAGAAGAUCUGCAAAGAGGAGUGGGACAAAAUCCCUCCUGAGAUGUGUGCAAACCUGGUGGCCAACUACAAGAAACGUCUGACCUCUGUGAUUGCCAACAAGGGUUUUGCCACCAAGUACUAAGUCAUGUUCUGCAGAGGGGUCAAAUACUUAUUUCCCUCAUUAAAAUGCAAAUCAAUUUAUAACAUUUUUGACAUGCGUUUUUCUGGAUUUUUUUGUUGUUAUUCUGUCUCUCACUGUUCAAAUAAAUCUACCAUUAAAAUUAUAGACUGAUCAUUUCUUUGUCAGUGGGCAAACAUACAAAAUCAGCAGGGGAUCAAAUACUUUUUUCCCUCACUGUAUGUUGUAAAUUGUUAAGGGCACAUCAGACGUCUAACUGUUCAUUUUGUUAUAAAAGUUUUGGCAUGUUAACAUUAUCUGCCAUAGUUGGUUAAGAAGGCAUUGCUACUUCAUUAUGGACUGAUUUUGCUACUCCCAGUUUGUUAUAUAAAUCGAAUUUUUGUUGGUUAUGUAAAAUUUCUUUGAACAAAGCAAAACAAAAUCAAAGAUGGACGGAUGCAGGUGCAGGUCACGAGUCGCGUGACCAGUCAGCGGCCGUACCACAGUGCCAUCUGCUGGCCCUGGCGUAACAGAACCCCCCUCCAAUGGGGGGUCCGGGGCCCCUGUGCGAACUGUAUCUCGCUGCAACAAAAAGCGAAGCAGCUUCUGCCGGGCAGCAGAGGAGCAGAGCAGCACCCCCCCCGGGAUUGAAAGUCAGAGCACCGCUCCCAGCAUUGCUGGAACACUGGGCACCAACCCUGGGAUUCUGGGCACCGCUCCCGGCAGCUCUGGGACCUGGGAUUCUGGGCACCGCCCCUGGGAUGGUGGGCACCAUCCCCGGCGGCACUGGGGAGCGGGACGGCCUCCUCAGCUGGACUGGGCAGCAGGACAGCUUCCUCGGCCGUGCAGGGUAGCGGGACGGCCUCCUCGGCUGGGCUGGACAGUGGGACUGCUUCCUUGGCUGUAGAGGGCAGCGGGACAGCCUCCUCAGCCGGGCUGGACAGUGGGACUGCCUCCUCGGCUGUGCAGGGCAGCGGGACGGCCUCCUCGGCUGGGCUGGACAGCGGGACAGCUUCCUCGGCUGUGCAGGGCAGCGGGACAGCCUCCUCAGCCUGUCCCUCUGAGGUCGCCAUGUUGACCUCAGGUGGGAGCUCCACAGCUGAGACCUCCCCAUAGGCCUCAGGCUGGAGCUCUGCUGUCCUCAUUGCCCCCCCAAAAAAAAUUUCUGGGCCAGCCUUCACCUCUGGACUGCGCAGCAAGGUGUACCUCCCCUGCAGUGGAAAGCCCCAGAUGCUCAGGUUACUUUGCUGGCUGUGUUGCACGGCGUCGCUCCUUGGCGGGGACGGGGUAUAUGGCGCGAGGGACGACGCGGAGCGCAGCCCGGCUUUGCACUGAGAAAUGUCCUCCGCGAGCUUUUUGCUCAACUCCAGGGAUGAACGGAGAAGCGCCCAAAUCCUGGGCUCUUCGGCGGCGCUCAUAGCGACCUGCUGCUUCCUCAUUUUGGGCCUAGUAUUCUGUUACGGAACGAGACGUAGGUGGAUGCAGGUGCAGGUCACAGUCUUUAUUACUUCGCAGAUAAACAAACAAACACAGGGACCGCAGUCUGUACUGACUAUGCAAAUUCUGGACAUUUAGCUACAACCGCUAGCAUGCUACACAUUAGCACAUACCGUUAUCCUUCCUUCACUUGCCGAACGUGAACCAACUAUACUACUGCGCGAUGUGCGCAGUAACCCGGGGGGUUUAAAUAACAAACUUAAUUAAACCAAAACAUUAACACCUGGGGCAAAUCAGACUUAGAUUAUUGUCCAAGCAGGAAGUAAAUGAGUAAACGUGUCCAGUCAGCGGCCGUACCACAUUGCCCUCUGCUUGCCGUGGCGUAACAGAUAGCUGGACUGUCUUUUAGUUGUUGUGACAGCUGAAAAGAUUGACAUGAAUACAGUGAACCAAACUGAGUUUGGUACAUGCUAAUUUAAAGAGUUAUUUUUCAUUUCACAUCUUCUGUAGGAAAUGAGAAAAUGCACUAAAUGUAUUUAUUUAUUUUUUAUGAUGAAAAAGAUGGACAUUUGUAAAAUGUUCUGUCUUCUUCUAAAACUCUUGUACAGUGUGUAUGUCUGCCUAAGCUCCAUUCUUUCCACAAGUUUUGAAUGACGCAUUGACUUUAGGUAAGUUGUAGAUGUGCUUUUUUUUUCAAAUGGUAGAAGCACAGAGCUUAUUUUAAAUCCUAUUUUGAGUGGUUUCUGAUUACAGAAACCAUGUAUUUAUGUGUUUUAUAUUUGACAAUUCUGUGCACAAAUUCUCAUUCAAAGCAGCAUUUAUUUCUGUACAAUUUCAAACAUAAAUUUUUACGAUUUUUCAUAUCAAAUGUUUUGUUUACCAGUAUUGUUUAUUUAUAUCAUUCUAACUAAUAAAAAUACUUUUCUAAAUAUGCCUAA